GUAAUCAAUAGAGAGUUCUAACUUCUAAAUUCCAAUUAUAUCCAUCAUUGACUCAAUAAUUUUGGUAUUAUUCAGAGACGUGGGACACCCUUGUCAUUACUUUAAGCAUCAUGCGCCUUCGAGUGAAAUCUCGACCAAAAGUACUCUCAAGAGACCUUUUGGGCACUGAAUUUCGAAAAGGUUACCACAUUUUUCUUGUUUUAGAACACAAGAAUAUGGAAUCUGCUGGUGGGUGUUCGAUGAUUUGAAAUUAGUUGAGUUUCUUCGAUAUUCGAUCCUGCAUUUUGUAAAAUCUUGACCCAAAGUACUCUCAAGAUACCUUUUCGGCUCCGAUUUGGGUAAAAGAGUCGCCACAUUUUCUUGUUUCAGCACACAACAAAGCGAAAGUUGUUGGUGGGUGUUCAAUGAUUUGAACAAAUAAGGAAAUCGGGAAUUUAGGGUUCUUCUUUUUAGCAAUUCUUGCUGUUUUUGGGCACUCACAGUGAAAAUCUUAGCUAGUUGUGGAUCCAUUCCUUGUUUUCUUGAAAAAAAAUGAUGAAGAGACAAAAGAGUGGAACAGUUAGAGAUCCAACAGGAGAAAGAGUUGUGCUUAUUGCUGUGAAAGCAUCAAGAGAGAUUCCAAAAAGUGCUUUUAUUUGGGCUUUAACACAUGUCGUUCAACCUGGGGAUUGUGCUAAGUUGCUUGUGGUCAUCCCUGCUCACACUUCAAGUCACAAGUUAUGGAAUUUCUCAAAAUUCAACAGUGAUUGCACCACUGGGCAAUGGAAACAUCUUUCGGGCGAUGUUAGGGAUCAGAAGGAUGACAUCACGGAAUCGUGCUCUCAAAUGAUGUUUCAACUCCAUAAUAUCUACGAUUCAGAUAAGAUAAAGAUGAAGAUCAAAGUCAUUUCUGGCACCCCAUGUGGAGUUGUAGCUGCUGAAGCAAAGAAAACCCGAACACAGUGGGUGGUUUUGGAUAAGAAUCUGAAGAAAGAGGCAAAAGCAUGCAUCGAGGAGCUAGAAUGCAACGUGGUUGUAAUGAAAAAGGCACGUCCAAAAGUACUUCGCUUGAAUUUAGUCGGAUCACCAACAAAAGACCCUGAAGUUUUAACAACUUGUCAAGAACCACCCCCGGAUUCUUCCAAAGAAGACGAAAGUACUUGGAACACAACUAAAGUCCCAAACGUAACCCCAGUAAGCAGUCCCGAACAUCUAUCAUUCACCACAACCGAACACGGAACUCCCUCGUUAUCAAGCUCCGACCUUGGAUUCUCCCCGUUUCUCGUUUCCGAUCACGAUUGGGACACGAAAAAAGACGGAAUUCACGAUUCCGAUUCCGAUUCCGACUCCGAGAACCCGAGUUCCUCCCCGUCCACAAGCUUAUGUUCAUCGGAUGAAUUCUCAAUUGAAAAAAGUUUCAAACAUUUAAACGUGAAACCUUUGAUAAAUCCAAUCACGAAUGCACUCCGUUUGAAAUUCUUUGAAAUCGAUAACCGACCCGAAAAGGCAACCAAGAAUGUGAAGAACAUGAUCCCGUUAACGAGACACGUGUCCCCAAAAUCACCUCCACUUUGUUCGAUUUGUCAGCAUAAAGCUCCUGUUUUUGGAAAACCUCCAAAAUGGUUUGGAUUUGGGGAGCUUGAAGAGGCUACAGAUGGAUUUUCAGAGGCUAAUUUUUUGGCAGAAGGUGGGUUUGGAUCAGUGCACCGAGGGGUGCUGAAAGAUGGUCGAAUGGUUGCAGUUAAACAACAUAAGAUUGCUAGUUCUCAAGGUGAUAAUGAGUUUUUCUCAGAAGUUGAGGUUUUAAGCUGUGCACAACAUCGAAAUGUUGUGAUGUUAAUUGGGUAUUGUGUGGAGGAUGGAAGACGGUUACUUGUUUAUGAAUAUAUUUGCUACGGGUCUUUGGAUUCUCAUCUUUACGGGCACAAUCACGGGCUGUUGGAAUGGUCUGCCCGACAAAAGAUUGCUGUUGGGGCUGCCCGAGGGUUAAGAUACCUUCAUGAAGAAUGUCGGGUGGGGUGUAUUGUUCAUCGUGACAUGCGUCCAAACAACAUUCUCCUAACUCAUGAUUUUGAAGCUUUGGUUGGAGAUUUUGGACUUGCGAGGUGGCAACCGGAUGGAGAAACGGGAGUGGAAACAAGAGUAAUUGGAACAUUCGGGUACUUGGCUCCAGAAUAUGCUCAGAGUGGUGAAAUUACCGAAAAGGCCGAUGUGUAUUCAUUCGGGGUGGUGUUGGUUGAGCUCAUUACUGGACGAAAAGCUGUCGAUAUAAACCGACCUAAAGGCCAACAAUAUCUUACCGAAUGGGCACGACCAUUGCUUGAGGAGGCUGCCAUUGGUGAAUUGAUAGAUCCACGGCUUAAAGACGGAUAUUUGGAGGCAGAGGUUCGAUGCAUGGCACAUUGUGCCUCGUUGUGUAUCAGGCGGGACCCACAUGCGAGACCUCGGAUGUCUCAGGUGCUUUGGAUGUUGGAAAACGACGAUAUCAAGUGAUAGAUAUGUAUGCCGGCCGGAAGCAUGGCCGGAGCAAUAGUUACAGUACAAAUAGUCCAUAGAUGGUUGAAAAAUAGACAUUUUAUGCAUUUAUUGGAAUACUUGUACAUAUAUAUGUAUUAUUUUUAUUUCUUUUAUUUUUAUAAAUUCUUUUACUUUUUGGUGGAAAUUGCAUAAAUAAAAUUAUACGGGUUUUUAUUUUUUGUAUUAUGAUUAAUAAUAUUUGACAAUUUACCUUUGAAGUGGUAGGUUUGAGUUGUUAAAAGGGUUGAAAAACGC